AUGGUCGGGCGCAGCGCGGCGCACGCGCAGCUGGCGCUGCGGCUCGACGGCAUGGGCCUCAGGGACCAGGACUCGUCCGCGCCCUCCACACCUGCCGGCACGCCGACGCCCGAGGCGGGUCUGUGCAUGACGAUGGGCGGCCGCGGCGCGCCCCCAAUUUCGCCCGCGCCCGGCCGCGCAGCCGCCCCGCCACGCGCGCCCGUGCCGCGCGGCGCACCGCUGGCGCAGGGCCCAGGGGCGGCGGCGGACUUGGAAGGGGGCUUGGACAUUGGCAGCCUCAUAAACCAGCUGUCAUCCAAGAAGGAUGAGGGCAUGGUGGAUGACAAGCUGAUUAGGGACCUCCAGAUAAUUCAGAACCUGAUCGGCGCCCUCAAGGCGCCCGCGCUCGCGCCGGCCGCCGGCAGCGCCGCCUAUGGCGGCGGUGCGUACGGCGGCGCCGGGGGCUUUGGCGGCGGCGUGCCCCCCUGCGGCGGCCGCAGCGGCGGCGGCGGCGGCGGUGGCGGCGGGGUCCGGCGGUCGUUCAGCUACAGCCCAGGCAUGGGCUCGCAGCUGCAGCCCUCCUACUCGCUGCCGCACUGA